CGCUCCCAGAAAAGAUUCCAAUUAUUUAUAAAGAGCAGCUUCUGUUCAGUACACCAAGACAUUAACCAUUCAUUUAAAGCAAAUAAUCUACUGAACCUUUCAUGUCCACGUCGGUACGUCGGAAGCGGUCCGGACACGAUGAUCCGAUGUUUCCUCAGUGAUCGUGUUUACUCGUAUGAUUUUCACGUUAAACACACAUAACUCAUAUUCACAUACAGGUUGGUCACAGUAAUAAUAUAUAUAUAUAUUUUUUUUUUUACUUUUUGUUGCGAAUAUAUUAACUUAUAACUAUACGCAAAAAAUUCUCUAAACAUUUCUCAUUCUUUUCACCAUCAGUGAAUAAAACAUAUAGGGGGUCUGAUGGUUUUCUACGAGCAGAAAGGGAGGCAUGACUCCUGCUGUAACUUUACCUGCAGGUGUCGCUGUUGGGCAGUGUUCCUUUAGAAAUACGAGUGACUUGCGCUCUUUUUAAUGUCAUAAUUUGUAAUAUUUGUGUUGUUUUAUAUGUAAUAUGGAUUAAUUUCUCAUCCUAUUUUUUUUGAGGAGGCACUGCCUCUCUUGCCUCCUCGGAGGAAACGCCCCUGAUACACACAUAUAUAUAUAUAACGUUAGGCCAAUUAGUUUUUCCACAUGGCGAAAAUCACAUUAACGUUACGCAGCCCAACGACCAUGUGCUCCGCGCAUAAACACGCACUAACACACUUAGUAAAACUUUUAGUCUUUUUCUACUAUUACAUACAUAUGUUCUUAACAUUCAUACUCGUUUUCGAAAUACUUUAUAAUCACUUUAGUGAUCCGAUACCUGAGGAUAAACAGGGAGAAUCAAUCACAAGAGAUGAUGCGAUGUUUCCUCAGUGAUGGCAUUUAAUCGUAUGAGCAAACUCUCGCGAUCUCACCUGAUAACUAAAUUCCUUGAAUAUGUAAACCCUUUCACACUGUAAUCCUGGUAAAUUACCAUAAAAUUACCAGAACGAUGUUUCCGGUAAUUACACAAAUGUGCUGUUCACACAAGCUGUUCCAUAUUUUUGCCAGUAAGAUACCAUUCACACGUCUUUAUUAUAAUGCCGGUAAACUCUGUGAUGUCAGUGCUUUAGUUUAACUCUGUCCAAUUUAAGGAUUUAUUUAUUUAUUCAUUUAUUUUUACUUCUUACUGACGAGCGUAAGAGGAUAAUUAACAGAAUCUCCCAUAUUAGAUUUGGUUCGAACUCUUUCUUUCUUUGGUAAUUAUUUUUUUGCAUUUCACUGACCAACAUGCGUUUAAAUAUGAUAUAUGUUAUAUUAUUUGAAUGUCAAUUUCUAUGCACUUCUUGAACGGGACUUUUAUUGUGGAGUGGAGAUAUGACAUCACAAGGCUGCGCUGCGCUCCUGCAUCUGCUGUGACUUCUGAAGAAAGAGUGUCCAAACACAGAAAAACUCCUGGUGAAGCGACUGAGAUCCACGUGACACACUAUUAUAAAGAUGGAGUUUAUUAAAGAGGAGAUUGAAGAAACAUUCAGAGUGAAACAUGAAGAAACUGAGGAACAAACAGAUCUGAUGGCACUGAAAGAGGAGAGUCAAGAACUGAAUGAAAUGGAAGAGAAAGACCAGUAUGAGAAUCAUCAUGAUCUUAUUACUGAAGAAAAGUCAAUUGGUUGCUCACAGACUGAAAAGACUUCACGAAAAAGAGAAAUUUUCACCUGCCAACAGUGUGGAAAACGUUUCGGCAGAAAAGGACGUCUCAAAUUCCACAUGAGAAUUCACACUGGAGAGAAGCCUUAUACCUGCCAAGAGUGUGGAAUAAGUUUCAGUCAAAAAGUAAUCCUUAAAAGGCAUGUUAGAAUUCACACUGGAGAGAAGCCUUAUACCUGCCAAGAGUGUGGAAUAAGUUUCAGUCAAAAAGUAAUCCUUAAAAGGCAUGUUAGAAUUCACACUGAAGUGAAGUCUUUAACCUGCAAACUGUGUGGAAAUAGUUUUACUAAAAAUGGAAGCCUCAAAAGCCAUAUGAGAAUUCACACUGGAGAGAAGCCUUACACCUGCCAACAGUGUGGAAAGAGUUUCACUCAAAAAGGACAUCUUAUGAGUCACAUGAGGAUUCACACUGGAGAGAAACCUUUCACCUGCCAACAGUGUGGGAUGAGUUUCACUCAAAAAGAAUAUCUUAAAGGCCACAUGAAAAUUCACACUGGAGAGAAGCCUUUCACAUGUGAUCAGUGUGGAAAUAGUUUCAAUCGAAAAGCAAGCCUUAAAAGCCACAUGAGAAUUCACACUGGAGAGCAGCCUUUCACAUGCCCUCAAUGUGGAAAGAGUUUUACACACAAACCAACUUUUAAUAAUCACGUGAAAAUUCACACUGGAGAGAAGCCUUUCACCUGCAAACUGUGUGGAAAGAGUUUCAAUCGAAAAGUAAACCUUCAUAACCAUGUGAGAACUCAUACUGGAGAGCAGCCUUUCACAUGCCCUCAAUGUGGGAAGAGUUUUACAUAUAAAACAACUUUUAAUGCCCACAUGAGAAUUCAUACUGGAGAGCAGCCUUACACAUGCUCUCAGUGUGGAAAGAGUUUUAGACAAAGAACAACUUUUAAUGCCCACAUGAGAGUUCACACUGGAGAAAAGCCUUACACAUGCCCUCAGUGUGGAAAGAGUUUCACUGAAAAAGGAAACCUUAAAAAACACAUGAACAUUCACACCAGAGAGAAGCCUUUCACCUGCCAACAGUGUGGGAAGAGCUUCACAACAGAAAUAAACCUUAGGAAUCACAUGAUCAGUCACACUAGAGAGAACCCAUUCACAUGUGAUCAGUGUGGAAAGAGUUUCACUCGGAAAGGAACCCUUAAUUCCCACAUGAAGAUUCACAAUUAAUUGUGAUCAAUGUGGUUAAAAGAAUCUUUACCAUUACAUGUUCAGAUAUUCCUGAUAAGUCAUGCUUAUGUGAGACCCCAUUUUUGUUCAUUGUGUGGAAAGUGUUUAAAAUGCCACUAGAAAAUAUACUAUAUUGCCAAAAGUUUUGGGACGCCUGCCUUUACAUGCACAUGAACUUUAAUGACAUCCCAUUCUUAAUCCGUAGGGUUUAAUAUGGAGUUGGCCCACCCUUUGCAGCUAUAACAGCCUCAACUCUUCUGGGAAGGCUUUCCACAAGGUUUAGGAGUGUGUUUAUGGGAAUUUUUGACUAUUCGUCUAGAAGUGCAUUUGUGAGGUCAGGCAGUGUGUGAUGUCUCCACUCUAAUUCAUCCCAAAGGUGUUUUAUUAGGUCGAGGUCAGGACUCUGUACAGGCCAGUCAAGUUCCUCCACACCAAACUCACUCAUCCAUGUCUUUAUGGACCUUGCUUGGUGCACUGGUGCGCAGUCAUGUUGGAACAGGAAGGGGUCAUCCCCAAACUGUUCCCACAAAGUUGGGAGCAUGCAAUUGUCCAAAAUGUCUUGGUAUGCUGAAGCAUUAAGAGUUCCUUUCACUGGAACUAAGGGGCCAAGCCCAACCCCUGAAAAACAACCCCACACCAUAAUCCCCCCUCCACCAAACUUUACACUUGGCACAAUGCAGUCAGGCAAGUACUGUUCUCCUGGAAACCGCCAAACCCAGACUCGUCCAACGGAUUGCCAGACAGAGAAGCGUGAUUGGUCACUUCCGAAAACACGUCUCCACUGCUCUAGAGUCCAGUGGCGGCAUGCUUUAGACCACUGCAUCCGACGCUUUGCGUUGCACUUGGUGGUGUAAGGCUUGGAUGCAGCACACUGUGCACCUCAGCAUGCACUGAUCCCCCUCUGUGAUUUUAUGUGGCCUAGCACUUCAUGGCUGAGUUGCUGUUGUUCCCAAUUGCUUCCACUUUGUUAUGACACCACUGAGCUCCUGAGAGCGACCCAUUCUUUCACAAAUGUUUGUAGAAGCAGUCUGCAUGCCUAGGUGCUUGAUUUUAUACACUUGUGGCCAUGGAAGUGAUUGGAACACCUGAAUUCAAUGAUUUGGAGGGGUGUCCCAAUACUUUUGGCAAUAUAGUGUAUGUAUUUUUCUUAUAAAACCCCAUCACUUCUCUUCAGAAGGCCUUUAUUAACCCCCUGGAGCGUACAUGUUCGGCUUUAAUGUUAAUUUAAGUUGGGGUAAGAAUUAAAUGAAUGGCACAACUCAGCAUUUUGUCCUAAACUCUCUGUAUCUUCUAAAUUCUGCUGAUGUGUACAUUACUGCUCUAAUUGAAAAAUAAUCAUACAGUUGUAUGAAGAAAUCACAGGGAUAGUUCAGCCAAAUAUGAAAACUCAAAAAAAUGAAAAGCCAAAAAUGAAUACAUAUUAUGACGACGACAUAGUCUAUAUUGGUUCAGUAGGAGGGGUAAAUCCUGUCCAAAAAAACGAUUAAAGCACAGAUGUUAAUUUACUGAAGUAAUGUCCGGGAAGUGUCCAUCUGUACUUAUUUUUUGGCAAUGUAAUGUUUUUUUUUUCUUUUCAUUUUACUGUAUAGAAUAGGUGAAACUGUUCAUAAUGGAUGUGUAACUAUACAUAAAUUAUUGAACAAAUUGUUUGAAGAAAUAGCAUCCUCAACAAAAAAAUAAGAAUUACCUUGGUUAAAGUUUUAUAAAAAUAUACACAUUUUAAUAACAGAUGUUUAAUAAAAAGUUUAGGAAUCA